AUGAAGGCGGGUCGCAAAUGUGGUAAUAACAUGGCCUACAAAAUUGUUGACAAAGUGAAAUAUGCUGACGGCGUAUCACUUGAACCAUUAUGCAUUCUCGAAUGCACAUGUCUUCCGGUUGAAAAUCAGCUUGAAAGAAAUGAAACAGCGACACCAACUUUAACCCAAAGAUCUGUCACUGAACAAUUUUCCGCUCAUCCAACUACUCAAAAGGCGCAACGAGGUGUUAGCCGUAUCAAAGUGGAACGCCAGAAACUUAUGGACGUUGCAAGCCAAUUCCUUGCUGAAGUACCAGUAUCAAAGGCUUGCAGUGGAAGAAACUGUGUCCUCGGUGAAUUAAUUACUGAUAGUCUGUGUUCAUUAACAGACCACAAGUGCGGACCAAAUAUGGUCUUUAAGACCUUAAUUGGACCUAUGCGCGUGAAAGCUGGUCUAUCAUCAUAUAAGAUUUGUUUUCAACAGUGCACUUGCUACAGUAGUGAAUACAAGAAAAAAGGUGGACAAUGCAUUAAAAAAAGUAGUGUUCCGAUGCGAAACGAAACUGAGCUUUCUGAGACUCGCGCAAAUUGCGUUGGACGAUCUUGCGAGCAGAUUCGCAAUAUACUUUGCACGCUAAGAGGACGAAAGUGUGGCGAUAAUAUGGUCUACAAAACUAUUAGACGAUUGGUUUACAUCGAUGACUCUCCUGAAAUAUGCAUUCUGCAAUGCAUAUGUGUCAGCAAAAAAUAUGUGGAAAAAGAUGGACGAUGUAUUUUACGAGAAUGA